GAUUGAGCGGGGUUCAGGCGCUUUGUUUGGAGCCCCUCGUUUUUAUGCGGCCAGCGUAAGAACCUGCCACCGUCACACGCACGGCGCGCGGAAUGUGCGCGUGGACACGCAGACGCGUUCACGAGUCAGAGAGAGCGAGAGAAAGAGAGCGAGGAGAGAUGGCUGCUGGGAUUUAGCUCGGCGUCUUUUCGCGUCCAACACAACAAGCUUAUUAUCUGUGUGUACGCACGCAGCACGGAUUACGCGCACGAGAACAGGAGGCCCGCGGUGGAGGCGUACAAUGCUGAGAGCCUCUUCUCCCUGCUCCUCGUCGUCACCUUGUCCUCCAUGACCUGAGAGUGCCAAAGAGAAACAGAAGAGAGACAAAACAGACAGAAGCUGAGGAGGCCAGGAACGCAUCCUGCACCUUUGUCAAAGUUUGCUUUUCAUUUGCCACAAUGGCAGAGACAGAGGCGAGUGCAGCUCAUGCGGUGGACGAGGAUGGUAAAACCACAGAGAGUACACCGGCAGAACCAGAACAAACCCCCGCCAAAGCACCAGACCAGCCCGAGGUCAGUGCAGAAGUCAACAGCAAAGACACUGUGAACAAGGAGGAAGUGGUGGCCGACGGCACAGAGGCUGGAGCCACACCUGAGGCACCCGAGACAUCUGAGGCAGCUGGGGGCGAGGGCGAGCAGGCCGGCACCACUGAAGCAGCCUCCAGCACUGAACACAAGACAUCACUACUGGACUCUUUUCUCCACAAGAGCGGCCUGGGCAAAGUCAUGGGCACAAGGAAGAAGAAAGAGAGUCCAGCAGCAGGAGCAGAGGAAAGCCCUGCUGACGGAGGCACCAAGGAUGGAGAGAAGGACGGAGAGAAGGAUGGUGAGAAGAGUGGAGAAAAGAGUGGAGAGGAGGCCCAGGCAAACACAGAGGAAGAGGCAGCUGCAGAGGGAGAGAAGGAGGGAGAGAGCGCAGAAAAGGAGGAGGACAAGAAAGAGAAGAGUAAAAGUUCAGAGGCCAAGUCUACAGUGAGAGACUUCAUCAGAAAACCUGUGGCCCGCAUCUUCUCCCAUCGUAGCACUGACAAGAAGGACAGCUCGGAGCCCCAGAAGCACAUGAAGGUCCGCUCCAAAUCCUUGGAUCGAAUUGAGGAUGCAGAGGCUCUGAACACCACAGAUCCCAGUACAGAGGAGGGGGCCACUGUGGGAGCAGAGGAGGAAGCAGAGCUCAAAGCCUCCUCAGCUCAAGCUAAGCACAUGAGGCGCUGGCAUUCUUUUAAGAAGAUGAUGGCUCAGAAGACACACAAGAAGAGCAGCGGGGGAGUGGAGGAUGGGAAAGAGGAGAGUGCAGACGGAGAGGGCGGCGGAGACUCAUCCACACUGGACUCCAAAGAGUCCGGGCAGAAGCGCUGGAAGCUCAAGCGCUCCUGGACUUUCCAGGGAAUGAAAAGAGACCCAUCCAUAGUUGGCAUCAGCGGCAAGGCCAAGGGUUCAGACAAAGAGGCGAAUGAUGGUGCCAAAGGGGAGGAGGAAGCAGGGGAGAGUGGAGGAGAGGCCCAGGCCGAGGGAGCUGAGGGGCCCAGUGCAGAGGGAGGGGAGGAGGAGAAAAGCGCUGCCUCAGCAGGGGUGGGAGCUGUCACACAACACGCCAACGAAAUCUGGACCUCCUUCAAGAAACGGGUCAUCCCCAAGUCUAAGCGCACAAACACAGAGUGUGCCCCGGAGGAGGACACUGCAGCAGGUGAGGAGGGCAGCUCUGAAGAAGGCAAAGAUGGAAAAUCAGCAAAGGCCAAACGCUCCCAUUUCGGCCGAGCCGUGUCGCUGAAGAACUUCAUCCUGCGAAAGGGCAAGUCCACCAGUGUGGACUUGAGUGAAGGAGCUAAGGAGGAGGAGGGGGCAGCUGAUGGAGAGGAGGCAGAGGCCAGUGCCGAGCCUGCUGCAGAUGGUGAGUCUGCCCCCACAGCAGAGAGCAGCAGCACACAGCCAACUGACACAGAAGCCCCAGCCAAAAGCCCGGCCGAGGAGGUGAAGUCCACGUCAGAAGAGAAGAAGGAGGAGAAGGCCUCAGAGGACCACCCCGUGACUAACUGUGAGAACGGCUGUUCCAACGGCACCGACGACAGCGCACACAAUCACCAGGACGAAGACUCCACCAGCCCGGUCAAAAAGAGCAAGGUGUCCGGAGACAACGCCAAGAUCAUAAACACCACAGCGCCCUGCAACAGUGACCAAAAGGCGGAAAACGUGUGAGGCCACACAAAGAGGAUUAAUACGGCCUGGGAUCCGCUGAGCACCUCCCAGAAGCCCCCUCCCUGCCCCAGCCCCUGUCCUCACCUGUCCUACUCUGACCCUGCCCCUGUCUUGUCCCUGUCCUCACCUGUCCUCUUCCUGUCCUACCCCUCUCUCCCCAGUGCUCGCCCCCCUGCCUCUCACUCCUGCACUCACCCCAGAGCUCUGACCCUCUCCCCUGGGCCCAGAGCUGUGACCGGGCUGUCACGUCCACACCCCUCCCAUACACACCAAUAACCACGUGUUAACAGUCACAGUGUGAGAUGCAAUUAACAUAGACAAAAAAAUAUAUAUGAUCAUUUCUGACAAAGCAAUAAUUUAGAUCUUUCUUAUGACCCUUAUUUGUAAGCGACCUCCAUUUUGUUUUCUGUGACAUUUUAUAUGGUCUUAAUGAUAGAAAAAAAGAAUACGGCUGCAGCGUUGUUGUUGGCCUGCUCUCUGUGCGUGCCUGCAGAGACUGUUAGUUUGGUAGUUCCCCGCCCUGCCCCGCCCCUCCCCUUCGUGAGCCCCGUAGGACGGCAGCACCAUGGACUGUACAUAUGGACUGCUCCACUGCACUGUCUCCACACAUGUGAUGUUCUAGCUCCCUCCGUGUACACGACACCACAAAGAGUACGUCCAAAUGUUUCUCUUCUUUGCUUUGUAUUCUCUCAUUUUGUAAAAAAGACAAAAAAUCUCCUCUCACUGAGCCACUGUCCCAUGUUCUGUUGUUUGGAUAUUAAUGAUAAUGUUUUGUUGCUUCAGGUUUUCAUAUGUUGGAUAGCAAACUGUCGAGACAAAAAAGAAAAUAAAG